GUAAAAAGCUACAAAUGAUAGUCCCCUUGACAACAAAUAAUUAUAAACAUAAGAUGGGAGACACUAACAGCUCUACUAGUGACCCUCCAGCUACUAAAGAGACACCUACUAAAGAAAGUUACUGGUGGCAUGUGAACAAAGGUGGAUUUCCCAUACCACAACACACCUGGGAGAAGCUGUGGUCCCAUGUGAUCGAUGUUCACCCUCAGGGGGACUCGUUGGUCCGGGAGAUAAGAGGGAGGCCUCAGAAGAGACCCCCCACUCCCACAGCACCAACUCUCACUCAAAAGUCUCCUGUUCCUGAGAGCUUACAGGCAGUACAGAGCUAUAUGAACGAGCUACAGUAUAAUCACACAGGCACACAGUUCUUUGACAUUCGUAAGAGAGGCCCCCUGUCAAGAUUGAUGGAUUGUGCUCGAGAGAUAUUGAGGGAGUCAUUGCCCAUCAAGUGCCUUGAGGCAGUGGUCCUCUCCCUGUACCUCACCUCACCACUGUCCUCUGUGCAGAGAUUCGCUAUAGGAUUCAAAUCAAAGUUUGGUGGGCUUUACUAUCGGCACAUUGUACUGGGCAUACAUUGGAACAGUCUGUACGGAGCUUUGGGUAUGAGCCGCAGAGACAGCCUCAUGUACAAGCCCCUGUCAUACACGUCUUUGGGGGACCUCAUUAUUGACUUCAUUGAGUCAUACAGGGAAGUUGGCCACUGUGUGACUAAGGUGAAGAUGAGCCCCCCUAUCACACACGACGUCACUAAUCACGCCUCUGUGCACUGGAAGCAUUUCUCACUCCUGAUGAAGGAUGUCAGCGAUGCAGACCUAAAGAGAAGCUUUGACAAGUACUCAAAAAUGCUCAGAACAAUGUGACAAUUUGACAAUUUGCUUUUUGUGAUCCUCAUGCAUAAUAAUCUGUCUCAAUAUCAACAAUUUCAUGACCCAA